UUCUGACAGCUGGCACCAGGUAAGGGCACCGUUAGCUAGCACUGGAGGCUGGGCAGGACGUGGACUGGGCACGGGCACCGUGUAUGGAGGACGUAUGACCUGGAGUCCGCGGAAACUUUCUGCAGUGGAGGAGGUACUUUGCUUCAAGAUGCUAAGAAAUGCCCCUGCUACCUCAGUACUAAUAUUCAUCUUCGGAUUAGUGCAAAACAGCCUGGAACAAUGCGAAGAUGCAGCUCAGAUGUCAGACAUGAAUCUGGAUCUAAAAUACCACUUUAAGUCCUUCAGCACUGACACACCAAUCCAAAAUUUCCUCCAGCACAAAGGCUACGUAUAUGUGGGAGCUGUAAAUAAAAUUUAUGUACUCAAUGAAAACCUUACUAAGGUAUCCGAGUACAAAACAGGGCCUGUGCUAGACCAUGGAAACUGUGGUUCACCAUGUGAAGGAUGUCUGAAUGAGGUACCUUUAUCGAAUGGCACAUGGAAUGACAAUGUCAAUGUGGCACUACUUUUUGAAGACUUCUAUGAUGAUCAACUUAUAAGUUGUGGAAGCAUAAACCAAGGAACAUGUCAACGACACAUGCUGAACCCUGAGAGACCUUGGGAUAUAUCUAGUGAUGUUCAUUGCCUGUAUUCUGCUCCAGUUAAAAACAUCACAGGCACCUGUCCAGAUUGUGUUGUCAGUGAGCUGGGGAGUAAAAUCCUGGUGACGGUAAAGGACAGAUUUGUCAAAUUUUAUGUAGGCAAUACUUUAUCAAAGUCACAAUCCAAUCUUCACUCCUUAUCAGUCAGGAGACAGAAGGAGACACAAGAUGGCUUUGAGUUCCUCACAGAUCAUUCCUACUUGGAUGUACUCCCCGAGUUGAGAGAGUCCUAUCCGAUCCGAUACGUUCAUACGUUUGAACGUGGAAAUUUUAUUUACUUUUUAACAGUACAAAGGGAAUCCCUGACUUCUUCAGCCUACCACACAAGAAUUGUCCGAUUCUGUUCUUCAGAUCCAGAACUGCGGUCUUAUGUUGAGAUGCCCAUAGUAUGUAUUUAUACAGAAAAGCGCAGAAAGAGAUUGGCCGAUCGUGAGUAUUUCAACAUUUUACAAGCUGCGUAUGUAAGCAAAGCAGGUAAAACCUUGGCCAAAGAGUUAGGCUUCAAUGAAACAGAAGAUAUCUUAUAUGCUGUGUUUGCCCAGAGUAAUUCCGACUCUGCUGAAGUAUCGAAUAGAUCUGCUUUGUGUGCCAUGUCCAUAAACAUGAUCAAUGACUUCUUUGACAAUGGUGCAGAAAAGAACAGCCAGUGUCUGGAGCAUUUCUAUGGAAGAGACAACUACCAAGCAUGCAUCCAAAAAACUUAUUUAAAGAAUGUCUCCCACUGUUCAUCUCCAAUUGAAGAAAAUCGAUUUGAAGUUACCUUGCCAAUACAGCGUCUUGAUUUAUUAAUGGGCCAAUUUAACAAUGUGUUGCUGACAUCCAUUUCAGUCUUCAUUCAAGGUGACCUUACCAUAGCCAAUCUAGGCACAUCUGGGGGACGCUUUAUACAGGUUGUCGUUUCUCGUUCUAGCCAUGCUAAACCCCAUGUUAAUAUUCCACUUGAUCAACAUCCUGUUUCUCUAACAGUAGUUAUUAAAGAAACAUCCACGGAUAAUGGCUACAUGUUAGUUAGCACAGGAAUGAAGAUAAUGAAAGUUCCAUUAACAGGCCUCGGGUGCGAGCAGCAAAGGUCCUGCAGCAGUUGCAUCUCAAGCCCUGCAUAUAUGAAGUGUGGCUGGUGCAAAGAUCAUUGCUCCACAAGAAAGGAUUGUUCAAAUAACGAAUGGACUCAAGAAAUCUGCUCUCCAGUCGUGAGUAAGAUCUUUCCAGUAGCUGCUCCACUUGAUGGUGGCACUCCUUUAACAAUAUGUGGAUGGGAUCUGGUUGUCAGGAAAGAUAAUUUGGGAUUUAAGGAAGCUUCAGUCCUCGUCGGAAAAAACAAUUGCAAAAUAGAUGGAAAGAAUAGCAAACAGAACAAGUUGGUCUGCAGAGUAGGCCAAGAAGGCACUACCAGAUUUAAUGUAAGCAGCAGUGUGUCAAAUGGAAAGAAGACCGUCCAUUUUAACACCUUCUCUUUUGUAAAUCCUGUGAUAGAAAGCAUUACACCAAGCUAUGGACCACAGUCAGGAGGAACUUUGCUUACUUUGAAAGGACAUUACUUGAACAGUGGACAAGACAGAAAUGUGUAUAUUGGUAAUGAAAUCUGCACCAUCAGGAGUGUCUCCAGUACUGCUAUCGAGUGCUAUACACCAAGAAAAAAAAGUAACUCUUAUCGGAUUAUGCUGAAAAUUGACAAUGCUCGCCGAGAGGCAAGUGCUUCAUUUACAUAUAGAGAUGAUCCGGUCAUUUCUAAGAUACAUCCAACCAAGUCUUUCCUCAGUGGCGGAAGCACGAUAAUUGCACAAGGAUUAAAUCUGAAUGUAGUAGCUUCUCCUCGAAUGGUAAUCCAGUUAUCCGAACCGAACAUACAGUACAAUAUGACCUGUGUACAUAAAUCCUCUUCUGAGAUAAUCUGCACUUCAACCCCUUCCCUGAAAGGGCUAAAUCUGGCGCCACCAAUUGUAACCCAAGUUUUUUUUGUUUUCGAUGGAGCCAUAUCUUCUGCUUUUGAAUUCAUUUAUGUAAAUAAUCCUGUAUUUAAAAAAUUUGAAAAAACUUUGGUGAUUUCAAUGGGGAACAUCCUGGAAAUUAAGGGAGAUAAUAUUGAUUCUGAUGCUAUAAGAGGAGAAGUGCUGAAAGUUGGUAACAAGAGCUGUGAAAUUAUUCAAUCCAAAUCAGAUUUUGUCUCUUGUGCUGUUUCCAGUGACUUGAUGAAAAGUAACAGUGAGCUGAAAAUAGAGCUCCUGCAGGAAUCCUCCUCCAUUGUCAUUGGCAAGGUGAAAGUCCAACCAAACUACAAUUACACAGGAAUAAUCACUGGGGUUCUGUCCUGUGUCGUACUGGUUUUAAUUGCACUCGUGAUUUUCAAAUGUGUAAGGAAGAGAAAGCAGCUCAAAGAUAUAGGCAGUGAACGGGUCCUAUUUGAUGGCAGGGUACAUACACCUCAUCUGGAUAGACUUGUGAGUGCAAGGAGUGUAAGUCCUACAACCGAAAUGGUGUCCAGUGAAUCUGUGGACUACCGCUCUACAUUUCCGGAAGAUCAGUUUCCAAAUUCAUCUCAUGGUGGAUCAUGCCGAGUAGCUCAGUAUCCUCACAGAGACCUCUCCCCUAUAUUGUCAAGUGGAGAUUCAGACAUUGCCAGUCCAUUGUUACAGACAUAUGUCCAUAUUGAUUUAAGUCUCCUAAGUGCAGACCUUGUGAAAGAAAUAGAGCACAUGGUUAUUGGUGUGGACUGCCUCCUAGUGCACUUUAACAAAGUAAUAGGAAGAGGACAUUUUGGAUGUGUGUAUCAUGGUACGCUUUUAGACACUGAUGGGAAGAAAUUACAUUGUGCCGUGAAAUCUCUAAACCGUAUUACAGAUAUUGAAGAAGUCUCACAGUUUCUCAAAGAAGGCAUAAUCAUGAAAGAUUUCAGCCAUCCAAAUGUUUUGUCUUUGCUGGGCAUUUGUCUGCCCACAGAGGGUUCGCCAUUGGUAGUGUUGCCAUUUAUGAAGCAUGGAGAUCUCAGAAACUUUAUUCGAAAUGAUUCCCAUAACCCAACAGUGAAAGAUCUCAUAGGAUUUGGCCUACAAGUUGCUAAGGGGAUGGAAUAUUUAGCGAGCAAAAAGUUUGUACAUAGAGACCUGGCAGCAAGGAAUUGCAUGCUUGAUGAAACAUUCACUGUCAAGGUGGCAGAUUUUGGUCUUGCCCGAGAUGUCUAUGAUAAGGAAUAUUACAGUGUUCACAACAAAACCGCAGCCAAACUGCCAGUGAAGUGGAUGGCCCUGGAAAGUCUGCAGACCCAGAAGUUCACCACCAAAUCUGAUGUGUGGUCAUUUGGCAUACUACUAUGGGAGUUAAUGACCAGGGGAGCGCCCCCCUAUGCGGAUGUUAACUCUUUUGAUAUAACUGUAUAUUUAUUGCAAGGACGGAGACUUCUGCAGCCUGAAUACUGCCCUGAUGCACUAUUUGACGUUAUGUUGAAAUGUUGGCAUCCAAAACCAGAGCUACGUCCAACGUUUUCUGAACUGGUCUCAAGAAUUUCUUCCAUCUUCUCAACUUUCAUUGGGGAGCAUUAUGUCCUUAUGAACACAACAUAUGUCAACAUAAAAUGUUCAGCUCCAUACCCAUCUCUAUUACCGACAGAAGAAAACAUGGAUUUUAACCUGAAUACGUGAUUCUUUGCUUCACUUCAAGAGAUUUCUAUUUGUCCAUGUACUUCUUCAAUGUGUUAGUCAGCGCUGGUGGCGCUGGAUUGUGUUUUGUUUUAUUGCACUAGAAGCAGAACUUUUUAAAUAAGGACAACUACAGACUGAUAUCCAGAAGAUGGUACAAGAUAAGAAACAUUUUUCACGUUUUUUUUUUUUUUAGUCUUCAGUUGCCAUGUGUUCACCAAUACAAAGAAAAUAGCUCAUAAAGUAAAGGCGGACAAUCUACUGUAUGGCUGUUCUUGUGAUUGUGGUGACCGUAUUUUAUUUUGUGUUGUCUGUAUAGCACUUUUAUCUAAGCAGAUACUGCUGCCUAAGUAAGUGGGUCAAUAUCCUCAAUAAUGGAAGAAAAACAUGGACAAUGAAAAGAUAUAUAGUUCAAGAAGAAUGAUAACAUUGCUACAGCUUAUGGCAAUUAUAUGAUAAAUAUAACGCUCAUAAGAAACAGAUGAAGAUGCCAUAGUUAAAACUUGGAAGGCCAAGAAAGAAUAAAAAUGUGUAAUUGGUGAAUAGGUGGUAGAACGUUUUGGCGUGAUCUCGGCUGAUGUUUUGAGUACCCAUACUGGACCAAGAUUACAUGUCAGCGACAUAGUUGUUACCGAGUCAAUGUGUUGUGAUGCUUUAGUAGCAUUUCUGUUUAAUUCCAAACAUUUUUGGUAGUCAAAGAUAAUUGGCAGAAUUAAGUUAAAAUGUUUCAGCAAUCAGGUAUUAUUAAAUGUUUAAGGAAACCAAAAACAUAAAUCUGUCAUAGGGCAAGUUGCUUAGAUUGUAUCAGCCAGAAGUCAUUGAUGAGAGGCACUUACAGGGUGUAAUGUAUAAAAUUGUUAAAAACUGUUUUGUUAUCUUACUUCUCUGCUGAGAUAAGGUUGCUUAAAUGCUUAGACCCAAAGCCCAAAGCUGCACUACUGGGAGAUAAGGCCUGCAUGUUUCUUUUUGUAGUGUUGGCACUUUUGCAUGGAUUCAACUCAAUGCCAACAUAGUCAUACACAUGUAUCUGCCACUAUUCAAGACAGGUAGGCAUUAGUUAUUGAUGUGGAUGGUAACUUUAAUCCACACAAGGUCUCCAUGGCCACAGUGCCCCUAACAGAUACAUGAAAAGGCACAUGUUAUCGUGAAAAUCUCUCAAUAGUGCAGCUUUAUGAUUUGGGAUUAAAGUUCAAGCUAUCAUAUCUCAGGACUCAAGAUAUAAAAUGUAAUGUACACUACAUGGCCUUAUAAGUUUCGUCUGGUAGGUCUCUUGUAAAGCCUGUGAAGGGCAUGUUGUGAUCUCACAUACAUUGAAUAGUGUAUUGCACAAACGACGCUACCCCCUUUCUAGAGAGUGUUUGGCAGUGGGGGAAAACUGAUGAAACUGAGAGAUGUACAAUAAAUAUGAUGUUAAAUAUAUGUUUCUUUUGUCAUAUGUAAUUAAACACUGGAAUUCAGAUGUACAGUUCAUGUCCUUUCUAUUAAAUGGUUGAGCAAGGCCAGCCCACUAAUCCUAUCAACAGAGCCAAAUGUUACAACUACCAGACUAGCUGCCAGGAAGAAGCCCAGCAUGGACAAGGACUCGUCUUGUUACUACCUUUCUCAAAGGCUGGCACUUCCAAAACAGACAUUUGUUUGCACCAUGUAAGAAGAGCAUACUUGUAUAUCAUGUAAAGAUUUGGUGAUCCUAGAAUAUUAGGAAUGUGAACACUGGAGCAGCACAUUUAUUACAUAACAUUACAAAGGACCUGAAAGAACAUGCUUGUUCCUGUGGAAUUGUUUAAUGUUGUCCAGAUAUUUGGUGUGGGAUGUAACUGAAUAUGUUGAUUUAAAGUAUGACAGUUAAAGUUUUAUAUUUUUAUAAUAAAUGUUUAUUUUUAAUGCAAUGUACAAUAUAACGUUAAUGUGCAAUGGUUAAAAUAUUGUAUAAUAUUUGUGAUGUUUCCAAGUGCUAUUAAAGUUCUCAGACAUAA